AUGGCAGAAGCGGUCGCAGCUUUUGCCCUCGCCGGCAACGUUCUACAAUUCGUCGAAUUCGCGACAAAGUUUGGGAACAAAUGCCUCCAGAUUCAUCGCGCCGGCGGAAGCGCUCCAAAGGACUUGCGAGACCUCCGCAAUCUCGUGAAUAGCCAGCAGGCUGCCGCAGACCGAUUUGGACGACCCGACAACGAGCGUGCACAACUAUUGCCGGAACACGCUGAGAUGAGAAAAGUUUCGGACGCAUGUUCCCAGAAGUUUAGAGAUAUUGCGAACUCUCUGGAUCGUAUCGGCAUAAAGGACGACAAAACUACGCGUGCGGUCGUCAUCAACGCGUUCAAGGCCACCUGGAAUGAGAAGAAGAUUGAGGAUCUGAGAGGCGAGGUUGCGUCUUUGAGUCAGAUUCUGAACACUUCACUGCUUCAAUCUUUGAGAGAUUACGCUACGAAGUCAGAAGAGCAACAAGCCACCAUUCUUCAGAGGCUUGACAUCAUUCAGAACAACACUGGUACCUUCACAAGCACCUCCCGCGUUGAAGGCCAAGAAACUUCGUGCAAUGCACCCGGCGAUGCGGUCAUAGCCUCUAUUGUCCGUUCUCUCGCAACCGAACCUCGAGAGCGUCUAAAGAGCGCCAUCGAACUACGACGCGGCAUCCUUCAGCGAAUUCGUUUUGACUCAGCAGACAGAUUGGGUGACGGCGAGAGGCUAGGCCCCCCAUCAUCAAUCAAAAUAUCGCAGGAUCGCGAAAAGGAACUCCAGGAUACAUUCUUAGCAAGCUUUGAUUAUAAAGUCAUGGAUGAUCGGCACUCAAGAAUCAUCAACGCACACAAGGAGACGUUCCGGUGGAUAUUUGAGCGUCCUUCAGAGGGUUCAGAAAAAUGGUCAAACUUCAAAGAUUGGCUCAAGUCCGAUGAUCAGCUCUACUGGAUCACAGGGAAGGCUGGUUCCGGAAAGUCAACUCUGAUGAAGUUCAUCUGUGGUUCAAACUCAGGAGAUGACUUGAGAAUCGCAAAAGAAGAUCCUGCAUCUCAGUUCGAACGAUGCCGUAGCGAUCUACUGGAGUGGGCUGAGGGCCGAUCCUUGAUCAUCGCGUCCUUCUACUUUUGGGCAUCCGGGAAGGAAUUAGAGGCAUCGCCAGAGGGUCUUUACUUGUCUCUCAUAUUCCAGAUCCUCCAGCAUUGCCCAGACAUUAUACCGCAUGUGGCGCCUAUCUCUUGGGAAGCGAUGUCUUUGUUUGGCGAGAAGCCUCCCCGCAUGACGGAGCCUGAGCUGGAAGCACUUCUUCCGCUUGUGGUACUUGAAGCUCAGCGAGAACGAAACAUAUGUCUUUUCAUUGAUGGGCUUGACGAGUUCUCGGGCGAGUCACAGAAGCUUAUUGAUUUGAUCGAAGCCAUUCUGCGUUACCCAAAGAUCAAGAUAUGUGUCUCUAGUCGCCCUUGGGUUGUCUUUGAAGAUGCAUUCCAGCACAAACCGAGUCUGAAGCUUGAGGACCUCACCUACAAGGAUAUCAGAAGCUUCAUUGCCAAGAACUUCCGCGAAAAUGCGGGUUUUAGGCGACUAGCAAUACGAGAGCCCGGGUACGCCAGUCAACUGGAGGAUAACGUAGCAACCAAAGCUGCUGGAGUCUUCCUGUGGGUCAGUCUGGUGGUAAAGUCGCUUCUCUCUGGCAUGGGAAACGACGACAGGGCCUCCGACAUGCAGAGAAGACUUGACCAAUUACCACAGGAGCUGGAGAAUCUCUACAGUGCUAUGCUCGAAUCUCUGGACCCCUUCUACUUUGAACAUGCAGCACAGUAUUUCCGACUCUUGGACGCCUGGGACACAUCACCACCAGCGAUUCUGUUCUCUUUUGCUGACGAAGAGAUUGAACAUUCCAUUCGACUUCCGAUCCGCGAAUAUACACAAGCUGAAAUGCGCGAAAGAGUCAAUACACUUCGUCGCAGGAUAAAUAGUCGCUGUCGAGGGCUUCUUGAGGUGACAUCGCCGACGUCAGUCAAGGAAGGCAUUGCCGGCUUCGGAUCGGUGCAAUAUCUCCACAAAACUAGCCAGUGA